CCUUGCUCUAGAUAUAUAUAUGGCAGUUUUUGUUUUGUCAAUGACCAAAUACAACUCAGAUGAUCCUCCACCACAGAAAAAGAAAAAGAAAAUGGCAGAGAGUAGAACUCACGUAGUGAUGCUUCCAUGGUGUGCCUUUGAUCACUUGAUACCAUUUUUCCAACUUUCCAUAUCCUUAGCCAAAUCUGGUGUUCAUGUCUCAUUCAUAUCAACACCAAGAAACAUUCAAAGGCUUCCGAAACCACCUUCAACUUUGGCUCAUUUGUUAGAUUUGGUCGAACUUCCAUUGCCAUCCUUAGACGCCGGCCUCUUGCCCGAAGGAGCUGAGGCCACCGUGGACAUUCCAUCUGAUAAAAUUCAAUACUUAAAAUUGGCAACUGAUCAACUUCAACAUCCAGUGAAGCAAUUAGUGGCCAAUUGGUUACCGGAUUGGAUAAUAUGUGAUUUUCAUUCAUACUGGAUUGUAGACAUUGCCCAGGAGUUUCAGGUGAAACUACAGUUUUUUUCGGUUAUUACUGCUUCGGCUCAAGUGUUCUUUGGACCACCUGGUGCAAGGGGUGCGCUCCCAUCUCCGAAAGAUCUAACAGUACCGCCGGAAUGGGUUACUUUUCCAUCUUCAGUGGCUUACCAGAUGCAUGAAGCCAUUGCUAUUUUUGAUGGUGCCUACCAGGAAAAUGUUUCCGGCCUAAGCGACCUAGAAAGGUUUAACAAGGUAUUUGGUGCUUCGCAAGCUGUGUUAUUUCGCAGCUGCCACGAGAUUGAAGGUGAGUAUCUGAAUCUGUACCAAGAAUUGAUUGGGAAGCCAGUUAUUCCCAUUGGUCUGCUUCCUCCAGAUAAGCCAGAGAGAAAAAUUGUUGAUGAGUCUUGGUGUAAGACAUUUGAGUGGCUUGAUGCGCAAGCAACCAAAUCAGUAGUCUUUGUGGGGUUUGGGAGUGAGUGUAAAUUGAGUAAGGAUCAAGUUUUUGAGAUAGCUUAUGGAUUAGAGCUUUCUGAAUUGCCCUUUCUAUGGAGCCUGAGAAAACCAAGUUGGGCAAUUCAUGAUCAUGAAUCUCUACCUCUUGGUUUCGUUGAAAGAACAUCAAAGAGAGGAAAAGUAUGCAUGGGAUGGGCACCACAACAGGAAAUUCUGGCACAUCCAUCUAUUGGGGGAUCUUUUUUUCAUUCUGGUUGGGGAUCUGUGAUUGAAAAUCUGCAAUUUGGAAACACUCUUGUUGUGUUGCCCUUCAUUGUUGAUCAACCUCUUACCGCGAGGUUUUUGGUCGAAAAGGGAUUGGCGAUUGAAGUGAAAAGAAACAACGAAGAUGGGUCGUUCAGUCGAGAUGACAUAGCCAAAUCCCUUAGAGAAGCAAUGGUUAUGGAGGAAGGAGAGAAGGUCAGAAACAAAACAAGAGAUGCUGCUAAUGUUGUAGGAAACUUGAAGCUACACCAGGAUUACAUGGCGGAAUUUGUCAAGUUUCUUAAGACAGGAAUCUGGAAACAGAUCUAGUCAUACUGUUGUAGCAAUGUUUGGAUUUCCAUUUAGAACUUCAAAGCUAUGGCUUUCGGACAAAGAGCUACAAUAGAAUAACCUUUGACCAAACGUUAAGCUUUCCAAAUGGGGAUUCAAAUAUGCUAAUAGAUUCUUUAAGAGUGUUGAUAUGUGAUUUCAGUAAUCCUUUGUAAAUGAUAAAUAAAUAAACCGUACCAGUGAGUAACCUAUGUAAGUGAGCGAACAUGAUUGU